AUGCCCUCUCAGCCCCCGCCUCUAUCUCUACCUCCAUCCCAACCUCAACCCCGCUCUCGCGCUCCCUCUCAACCUCAACCCUCAAGUCCCUCUGAUACAACUACUGCACUCCCUGUUCCUAUUUCGCCUAAAGAAUCGAAGUCAGAAUCGAAGCCAGAUUCAAAACAGGAUCCGAAGCCAUUUCAUCGUCGCCUCUUGCAGUUUGCCCAGCGCCCAAAGAAGGAAUCAUCGCCCAGGUCAAAGCAAGAAGAGCAGCAGCGUCAAAUAGAAGCACUAACGCGGGGAGGGUAUCUUAUCCCAGCGGCUCCUCCAAAUGAAUCAAAGGGGCAGAAGGAGGCAAAGCGAUCAAAAGAAAGCCUGUCACUAUCUCUCUCGCGGACUCUUUCCAAAUCAAAGAAAGAUGUGGAAAACAUUGGACAGCCAUGGCUGCAAGCCAAAGUCGAUUGCGACAGACGACCGAUUGAGACAAGACAUCGCUUGGGCUCAAUGGAUCUUGCUGCCUUUGGCUCAAUGGUCGACGUCGCAGUCUCACUCGCUCCCGAUUUGGACGAUUCUAUGCCACCGCCAUAUCAGCCAACCGAUCACACCUCCCAAUCCCCAUCAGCUUUCCCGACGUCAAGUUCUGCAGCAGACCCCAGUCCUCAAACUAUCACCCGACCAACUUCCUCGUUGGCUUCUACCAGUCAUUCGUAUAGGAAUAUGUCAAUUGAUGAGCAAAUCCAACGGCCAUCUAGCUCUACAGAGUCAAGUACCCGCGCUGACCCUGUCUCACAAGUCACUCUCAACGCAUUAGAUGCAUCCGUGAGUGCGAAUGGGACAGAGUCAAAGCCUAAACCGUCUAUCGAUAUCCCAAAGCGAAAUCAGUCAGAACAAUCUUCUGUCCGCAAUGUCACGCCCAUGUCGCCUACCUUGAAACUUUUCCCAGAUGUUGCACCUCCUCGCACAUCUAGCAGGGGCCCGUGGAGAAAUUCAUCAAUUCCUCGGUAUCAAAUGAUCGAGAAUACCACAGCGUCGCCGACAUCUCCGGUGCCCAGCCCACGAAUUGGGCCUUCUGACAACGAAUCCAAAGUUCCAGAUAAGCCAAGAACAUCAUCAGAUGGUUUCAUAGAUGCUACAGUCAGCAAGGCAGAACGAAAGUGCCCAGACGCCCUUGCACCUUGUGCGACCUCUUCUGCAGAAGCACUAUCUGCAGUAAAAGCCUCAAAGGACUCUGCCUCCCAAGAUGAGACCACAAUUCGACCGCUUUCAUUGUCUCUAGGCACACUGCAGGCAUUUCCUCUCCCAGCGCCUACAAAGCCCCUGCCCUCAGUGCCCAAGACCAAAUGCUCGCCGACUACUCCGGACACCAACGCUCGCUCUAGUCGAGCGAUUGAUUCGGAGACAUUGUCUUCCAACCUGCAUUCUCCUUCUGCAACAUUGGUUGAAGACCAGGAGAUCCGAUCCGCUACCGACAGUCCUUGUGCCCUUGGCUCGCGUCCGGCAACCGCUCUUGGCAGCCUCGGUGCUGGAGGGUCAAUCGCCGAUGACGAGGAAAGCUUGUUGACCGCUUCGCUUUCGGAACACUACAACCCAACCCCGGAACAUUGCACUCCUAGAGGACGUGUUUCAAGUGUGCGCAUCCCUCGGGUGCAAGAACUCCCCGAAAGCCCUUCAAGUCAAUGUGAUGCGGAGGUCUCCGAGGGGCGGCCUUUGGCCGACUCUCCCGUCCUAGGACACUCUAUCCCUACAAAGUCCAAUGGCAAACGUGCUGCUCUGAAGGGGCUUCAGAUCAAUUCCCAAGUCAGUCGGAAGAAUCUUCCAUUUGGUCUGCCAUCGCCUCCACCCACUGCAUCACUCCCAUCAGCUCCACCUCCUCAGCACCCACCUCCUCCGCCUCCUGGGCGGAAGAUUGGCCAGCGCAACUACACUGCACCUAAUGUGGCUACUCCACCAUCAAUGAGGAACAUGGAGGCACACCCUACACCGGGGUCCUACCGAUGUUCGGCCUUAUCCCGGAGCAACAGCUCAGGGAGCAGCCUUCGACAUGAGAGUUUCCCUGAAACAUACCAGCAAAGUCGCCCUGAAUCUCGCCCCGAGUCCCCACUUCCAUCGUCAGAUGACGAGGUUUUUGGCCCAGAGAUAGACACCAAACACUCGCGCCGAGAGGCCGAUAACUACCAGCGCAUCCAGCCAACACGCCGAGGAUACGAGACAAUUGAUCCACGGCAAAGAUCCUCCCGCAAUCAACUUCGUUACCCCAAUCCUGCGCGCCCUAUGACACCCCAAAGCCGCAGCAUCCACAGUCUUGAGAAGACUUCGUCUCCUCAGUCACAAUACUCCCAAUCAACCCACAGAUCGAGGGAGUCUCAAAGCAGUCAACACAUCCGCGCUGCUCCUCAAAAGGAUCACUACCUCGAAGACCGGGUUGCGAACCUGGAACGCCAGAACCAGAUUCUACAGGCCGCUCUUAUGGCGGCGCUCAAUGCCGGAGCCAAGAACCCCUUCCAGGGUCUCAAUCUUGACCCGAACAUGUCAUCAAACUCCCCACACGCUCCCUUUGCGCACCAAUAUCCCGGCCGCCAUACAUCACGGCCUGACAGCUGGGUCAGCUCUUCUCGCAGCAGUGAGCACAGCGGAUUUGAGACUUCUAGCUCCUACCGAGAGAGCCGGGCAAGCGUCAAACAGCUAGACAACAUGAUUGAAGACAUCGAGACUGGUUGGCUGUCGGACAAGUCCAGUCUCAGUGGAACCCGAAUUGCCCGCAAACGAUAA